AUGCCAAUGCAUUCCCUUCCCAUCUAUCCCAUCCUCUUGUUUCUUUCUUGUUCAUUCAGUUCGAUGCAUCUCUGUGCAUCCAGGAACCACCUUGUCCCCGGCAAGCCGCUCUCUGCAGGCAGCACUCUUGUGUCCGACGAUGGCACCUUCGCCCUGGGCUUCUUCUCCCCAUCCAACUCCACCAAAAAACAUUACUAUGUUGGCAUAUGGUACAACAACAUCCCGCAGCACACCACUGUGUGGAUCGCCAACCGUGCGGUGCCAAUCACCAAUCUUUCAUCCGCGGUGCUCGCCUUGAGCAAUAGCACAAACCUUGUCCUGUCCGAUGGCAAUGGCCGCGUCCUUUGGAGGUCAAACAACAGCAUCGCCAUCAGUUCUUCACCUGCCACCACCUUCUCUGCAGAAGCCACACUAGACAACACCGGGAACUUCAUCCUCCGGUCAUUGAGCAACAGCACCGUCCUAUGGCAGAGCUUCGACCACCCGACUGACACUCUCCUUCCCGGGAUGAACCUCAGGAUCAGCCACAAGAUGCAUGCGCUGCAACACCUCAUUUCUUGGAGGAGCCUACAUGACCCAUCCCCUGGCACCUUCUCCUACGGUGCAGACCCCAACAACUUCCUGCAGCGCUUCAUCUGGAACGGCACAAGGCCACACCGUCGAAGCCCGGUGUGGAAUAGCUACUUCCUUCUCGGGAGCUACAUGGACAACCUCCAUUCCCCCAUUUACAUGGCGGUACAUCGUGGUGCCGAUGACGAGCUGUACAUGUCCUUCGGCAUGCCAAUUGACGCCUUGUCCUUUCUGAUCAGAAUGGAGAUAAACUACUCAGGCAAGGUAAAUAUACUAAGCUGGGACAGCAACAUGUCGGUAUGGACAGCCUUGUACACGGAGCCUGAGCAUGAGUGCAACAACUAUGAUUACUGUGGUCCUUACGCUUACUGCGACAACACUGGAACUACCCCAACAUGCAAGUGCCUUGAUGGUUUUGAGCCUGAGCAUGAGUGCAAUAACUAUGAUUACUGUGGUCCUCAUGAAGGCAGUGUUGGCGGCAGAUUUUCGCAGGGAUGUCGCCGGAAGAAGGUGCGGAGAUGUAGAGGUGGAGAUGGCUUCUUGACCUUGCCGCACAUGAAGGUCCCUGACCAGUUCCUCUACGUCCGGAACAGAAGCUUCGAUGAGUGCACGGCAGAAUGCAGGAGCAACUGCUCCUGCGUGGCAUAUGCUUAUGCCAACAUGAGUACCAGGGCUAUUGAUGAGGAUGACACAAGGUGCUUGAUAUGGACUGGGAAGAUGAUUGACAUGGAGAAGUUCAGCCAAGGAGGGGAGAACCUCUAUAUUCGCAUGAACAAAUUAAGUGGUAACAUGAGCAAGACCAACACCCUAGAAAUUGUACUGCCAGUUGUUGCAAGUUUGCUGGCAUUCAUAUGCAUAGGGCUUAUUUGGAUCUUCUGGUUUAGAGAUGCUGCAAGAAAAUCACUGCUUGACUGGCCCGCAAGAUUCGAGAUAAUCAAAGGUGUAGCCAGAGCCCUUCUUUAUCUCCACCAAGAUUCAAGAUUGACAGUAAUUCAUAGAGAUCUCAAAGCAAGCAACGUACUGUUGGAUGCUGAAAUGAGACCCAAAAUAUCUGAUUUUGGUACAGCUAGGAUUUUUGGUGUCAACGAACAAGAAUCAAGUACUAAUCGAGUCGUUGGAACUUUUGGUUACAUGGCGCCUGAAUAUGCAUUGGAAGGCAUCAUUUCUGUCAAAUCCGAUGUCUAUAGCUUUGGCGUAUUGCUCCUGGAGAUUGUGAGUGGCUUGAAGAUCAGAGAGACAGGCCCAAUCAGAGGUUCACCCAACCUUGUAGUUUAUGCAUGGAACCUAUGGAAGGAUGGAAGCAUGCAGGAUUUAGUUGACUUGUCAGUUGUUGAGAGCUGUUCACCUGAUGAAACUCUACGAUGUAUUCAGAUCGGACUCCUGUCGGUACAAGACAACCCAAAUGCUCGCCCACUUAUGCCAUGGGUGGUGUCGAGCUUGGAUAACGAAGCCAUAGAGCUGCCACAGCCGAGAGAGCCGGUAUACUUUGCGAGGAGGAAUUACGAAACUGGUGGGGCAGGAGAAAGUUAUGUAAGUGACAUGAGCCUCACAACACUGGAGGAGGGACGCUAGAAGUCUUCAGUUAUUCUCUCCACAAACUUCAGUAGCUUCUAAACCAUAUACAGUAGAAACUGGUAUCGUAAGGUAAGGCAUGUCAUAAUCAACUUCCAUCUCCAGUAGGCCGAAACAUUCAGGGAGUAGAUCACCAAUGGUAACAGCAGAAUAGAA